UACUACGUCACAACCGGAUGUUGAUACUGACUCGAAGCAGCGCAGUAACAGCUGAAAAAGAAAAACAAAGCAACGACGACGACGACGAAAGAAACAACAGCUUUGUGCCUCGAAUAUUCUUCUGUUAUCGGUGACAUUAUUUCUGAGCGAAACAGUCGGAUCCCCACAAAGUUAUUCGAAGAGGUAGUGGUUAUAAUUCCCAGAGAUUCAACGAUGGGACGCAUCUUUCUGGACCACAUUGGUGGAACGCGUCUCUUUUCUUGUGCCAACUGUGACACCAUCCUGACCAACAGAUCUGAACUGAUCUCCACGCGAUUCACUGGAGCCACAGGCAGAGCUUUUCUCUUCAAUAAGGUGGUGAACCUCCAGUAUAGCGAGGUCCAGGACAGAGUGAUGCUCACCGGCAGGCACAUGGUGAGGGACGUCAGCUGCAAGAACUGCAACAGCAAGCUGGGCUGGAUCUACGAGUUUGCCACAGAAGACAGCCAGCGGUACAAGGAGGGGCGGGUCAUCCUGGAGAGGGCGUUGGUUAGAGAGAGCGAGGGUUUCGAGGAGCACGUCCCCUCAGACAACUCCUGAGUUCCGGAUAUUGCCAUGCCUUCUUUACCCCUCUCCUCUGGCGCAGCCAUCUGCAUAUCACCAUCUGCAGACUCGAUGUUUUCAGAUCGACCCCCACAGACCUACCAAACGAACGUAGACGUCUGCUGAUUACAAGGAAAGUUCGUUGGAUCUGCUUGAAUAUGUUUCCCUCAAAGUUGUGUGUCACACAUAUUUCUCUGAUUUUAAGAAGUUUUCCCAGAGAGAGAAAGCCCAGAAGUGAUCAAACACAUGCAUAAAGUUACAGAUUUUAAGA